UUGGCUCCUCCUCUAAAUGGUCGCCUGUAAGAUACGUCAUUAGCGUGCGCCGCUUACUUUGACAUUCACAGUGCAGAAUCCAUGCGGAAUGUUUUGAAGUUUACUGUAGUUAUUUACAUCACUGUGGGUACAGGAAGUAAAGAUGUCCGUGAAACAAGCCUCCAUACAUGCUAAAUGGAUUAUCGGGCGAGUCAUUGGAACCAAGAUGAAGAAGACAGCAAAAGUCCGCGUUACUAGACUGGUGUUAGACCCCUAUUUACUCAAGUUUUACAACAAAAGGAAGACAUACUUCGCCCAUGACGCCUUGGAGCAGUGCACUGUUGGGGACAUUGUUUUGUUGAAGGCUUUACCAGAGAGGCGAACCAAACAUGUCAGGCAUGAACUGGCGGAGGUUGUGUUUAAAGUCGGGGCAGUGGUUGAUCCUCUGACAGGCAAGAAAGUUGCAGGUCCGCAGUAUCUGGAGCCUCUGACUGUGUCCACAGAAAACCCAGAGGCAUCUUUAACAGAAAAAUUACAACAGCUGAACAUUUCUGCAGCUCCUUCACCCCCCAGUUCUGCCUCUUAACUUUGUAUUUUUGUAUUAAUGUAUGAAUAUAAAUGUGUGUACUUGUUGAUUUGUCUCAUUUUGUCAGAUUAAAAAAAUGAGUCGGUUACA